AUGUAUGCACAUCAAUGUGAGAAACGUAUAUUCAAAUCACAACGUUUGUCUGGUGAUACUGCAGACUGCAGACUGCAGUUUGCAGAAGCGGUGCCUCGUGAUAGAUUCUUUGCACCAACGAGAAAUGAUAUGCCAUGCUGCGAUAUGAUAGAUAGGAAAAACGCAGAAACACACUUGCAUUCCGCGCUAUCCUCGGAUACACCUCCCUUUCUCAUCAUUGCAUUUCUCUCGCUACCAUACCUCGACUCUGAGGACAAACCAUUGCAUCACAUCAGAUUCAUAUCCAACACAAACUCCCAUGUACGCACGGAAGCGUACGUGGAUGUACAAACAAGCACCAACGAACAUGAUCAUGAUCAUCCCAAGCGGGAGAUUACAUUGAAACACUCCAGUAAGUUUACGGUACCUGACGCCGUUACCGGGCGCACUAUACAGGACCCCCUAUUUCCUCUUUCCUCUUCGGCAUCAUGA